AUGGGUAAAAAAGAAGAAGUGAUCCACCAAGUGCAAUCUGCCGCUACAGGUGAGAUACACGAGGUAAAUACCUACAGAACUAACAAUAACUUGGAAAUGACAGAUGGAAAGAACGCUGCAAAGCUUCUCAAAGAAGCACAGGCCAAUUUGAUCUUCACCGCUGGAACUGGUUACGUGCCCGAGUUGCGUAGAAACUUCUCUAUAUUUGCGUUGUUGGGUGUAGGCUUCGGUUUGACCAAUUCAUGGUUUGGUAUUUCUGCUUCGCUCAUCACAAGUAUCUCGAGUGGAGGCCCCAUGAUGAUUAUUUAUGGUAUUUUGAUAAUUGCGACUAUCUCGAUGUGCAUUGCAGUGACGCUUUCGGAGUUGGCUAGCGCCAUGCCCAAUGCUGGCGGACAGUAUUACUGGACGAUGAAGUUGGCUCCUCCCAAAUAUGCGCCUUUUGCCUCGUACCUCUGUGGAGCUUUUGCAUGGGCGGGAGCGGUUUUCACCAGUGCUUCGGUGACCAUUUCAAUUGCAUCCACUUUGGUGGGAAUGUACGUCAUGAACAGCAGCGAUCCAGAUGCUACGUAUAAGACAUGGCAGGUGUUUGUGACAUACCAGCUCGUGAAUAUUUUCCUUUUGUUCUUCAAUAUCUGGGAGAAGCCUUUGCCUCACAUCUCGCUGGCGUCGCUCUAUAUCUCCUUGGCGUCGUUCGUGAUAAUUACAAUUGUGGUUUUGGCUAAAAGCUCGGGCCACUACCAGACAGCACAUUUUGUCUUUGUGGAAUUCUCAAAUGGUACUGGUUGGUCUUCUGCUGGAAUUGCGUUCAUUGUGGGUUUAAUCAAUCCUAACUGGUCGUUCAGUUGUUUGGACGCAGCCACGCAUUUGGCCGAGGAAACACUCAGUCCACAAACAGAUAUCCCUAAGGCCAUCAUUGGAACCGUCAUCAUUGGACUCGUGACCUCUCUCGUGUACUCUAUCGCCAUGUUCUUCUGUAUUCGAAACUUAGACGAGAUUUUGAAGUCAACUACUGGUUCUCCAAUUAUGGAUAUCUACCGCCAGGCUCUUAACAGUAAGGCAGGCGCAACUGGUUUGAGUUGUUUAAUUUUGUUCACAGCUAUUGGCUGCAAUAUUGCCUCUCACACCUGGCAGGCCCGCUUGUGUUGGUCCUUUGCUAGAGACAGAGGUUUGCCAGGAUCUAGGUACUGGUCUAAAAUCAACCCUCGAACUGGAGCGCCCGUCAAUGCUCACAUAAUGUCGUGUGUUUGGUGCGCUAUCAUUGGAUGCAUCUACAUGGGAUCGACUACAGCCUACAACUCAUUGGUCAUCGGAUGUAUUCUCUUCCUUUUAUUGUCAUACUUGGUUCCAGUGGUGUUCUUACUCAUAAAGGGUAGAGAUAAUAUUGAGCAUGGACCCUUCUGGAUGGGCAAGCUUGGUUUGGUCUGCAAUGUGGUUUUGAUCUUUUGGGCCGUCUUCACCACUAUUUUCUAUAGUUUCCCAGCAGUGAUGCCAGUUACCGCGGGCAACAUGAAUUAUGUUUCUGUGGUCAUUGCCGUGUUCUUCAUCUACUGUGUUGUCUACUGGUUUGCUCGUGGCAAGAAGCAGUUUAGAACUGAAGAAGAGAGAGAAAAGGAUGCAAACGAGUUGACCGCCCAGCUUUCAAAUGAAGUGGAAAAGUUAGAGACCAUUGUCUCUGCUCUGGGCUUCAAGGCUGUUUAG